AAUUAAGCGGUCAUUACGUUAUCCCGUGUGAGCAGGUGACGAAAAUCAGGCCGCACGUCUGCUGAAGCUCACCGCGGUAGGUCGGCAGUGUGGGAGACUUCCGAUCACGCCUCGAGAGAAGAGCGGUGAAAGAAAGGGAGUUUUUUCUGCAAUAAUUCAUCAAUCUAAAGCUAUGGAAAACACAAAGGACACUAAUGGUAUAGUUUGGGAGAGUUCAAUUAUGGUUAAACAGGAAUUGAGUGACGAAAUCAUAACAUUUAUGGACAUGAAAUCAGAUAUAACAUCAGCUAUUUCAAGUUCAGAAGGAGUACAAACAAAUAUAUCAACACUCUUUUCAAAUCCUGAAGAUAUAAAGCAAAAUGUAUCAACACAAUUUUCAACUGUUAAAGACAAAUACUUGGAGGAAACAAUGCCAUUUUUAGCUUUAGAAGAUAAAAAUCUUGAUAAAACAAAGCCUUUGUUUAAUUUAGAAGAGAUGAAACAAGAUAACCCAACAUCAUUUUCAUCUUCUGAAGACAUGAAACCAAAUAUAUCAACAGCAUUUUCAAUUUUUGAAGAUAUAAAACCUGAGAUAUUAACAAUUUCAUCUUUGGAGAAUGAACAACAAAAUGGUUUCAAAGCACAGCAACAACUUUCUUCUCCACCAGAAUCAACUGAUUUUAAAGAAAAUUUAGCAGUUUUAAAAUCAGAUCUUCAAAAUGAAUUAAAAGAACUCAAGUUAUUGCAUACAAAAUUGAUUGAUAAUGUCCCAACAGAAUAUCAGAUCAAUGAUAAGGGACUGAAGACAUACAAGUGUGAUAUGUGUUGUCAAAGAUUUUUCCAUUUUGAUCAUGUUAAACAACACAUAAACAUUCACACAAGGGUGAAUCCAUAUGGUCAUGAUUUUCAUCAGCAAGAAGUUGUUAUGAUCAGUCAGGGUGAACAGAUUAACAAAAUAAACCUAGAACAUGUAUACAAUGAGUCUAGUUUGUCUAAAAAGUUCACCACAAAGUCUAGUUUAUCCACACACACAAAUAUUCAUUCUGGAAUUAAUAAGCCAGAGAGACCAUAUGAAUGUGAUGUGUGUCACAAAAAAUUUAGUCAAAAGGGUAAUCUAUCAGAACAUAAAAAUAUUCAUUUACCAGAGAGACCAUAUGAAUGUGAUGUGUGUCACAAAAAAUUUAGUCAAAAGGGUAAUCUAUCAGAACAUAAAAAUAUUCAUUUACCAGAGAGACCAUAUGAAUGUGAUGUGUGUCACAAAAAAUUUAGUCAAAAGGGUAAUCUAUCUAAACAUAAAAAUAUGCAUUUACCAGAGAGACCAUAUGAAUGUGAUGUGUGCCAUAAAAAAUUUAGGCUUAAACAUAAUUUAUCAGAACAUAAAAUGAUUCAUUUACCAGAUAGAUUAUAUGAAUGUGAUGUGUGUCACAAAAUAUUUAAAUCUAAAAAAUGUUUAUCACAACAUAAAAAAUUUCAUUUACCAGAAAGACCAUAUGAAUGUGAUGUGUGUCAUAAAAAAUUUAUUAAUAAAGGUUAUUUAUCUGAGCAUAAAAAUAUUCAUUUACCAGAGAGACCAUAUGAAUGUGAUGUGUGUCACAAAAAAUUUAGUCAUAAAUAUGGUCUAUCAGAACAUAAAAAUAUUCAUUUACAAGAGAGACCAUAUGAAUGUGAUUUGUGUCAUAAAAAAUUUAGUCUUAAAGGUCAGUUAUCUACACAUAAAAAUAUUCAUUUACCAGAGAGACCAUAUGAAUGUGAUGUGUGUCAUAAAAAUUUUAGUUGUAAAGGUAAUUUAUCUAUACAUAAAAAUAUUCAUUUACCAGAGAGACCAUAUGAAUGUGAUGUGUGUCACAAAAAGUUUAAUUAUAAAGGUAGUUUAUCUAAACAUAAAAAUAUUCAUUUACCAGAGACAAUAUGAAUGUGACAUUUGUAAUUAAAAGUUUGCUCGUAAGUCUAGUUUAUCUACACACAGAAAAUUUCACUCAGGACUUAAGCCACCUGAAUGUGUUGUUGGUCAUUAAAUUCUCUUUCACAAGGAUCUUUAAUUAUCUAUAUAUAAAAUUUUUGCUUUUGUACUAAUACCACAUUGUGGAGGCUAAAUACACACCAUUAAUGUUUGUCAUACAGGAUCAGAGUUUCUUCCAGGCAUCUCUACCCCCC